GCCAGGCUUAAAGGGAUGUUUGCUAACGUAAUUUGGCUUGAAUGGCUUAGAGUAAAAUUUUGAGUUACUGAAAUUUUGAUGUUGUAAAUGGAAGUUAUUUCUGAGCUGAGCCAGGGAGUUAGAAAAGUAAAAUUUUCCGAAAAUUUCCGAAUAUUUACGAAGAUUUUCGUGUCAUUCCUCCGCAUCCGAGAUGUCAUGCGAAAUGUACAAGGACUCAGGAGUCAUCAAAACGAGUCAGCGCAAACAUGGUGGAAUCAAGUUGACCCAUAGCGGCCUUUCGGCACCAAAUUUUUAUCAGGAGGUUUACGUUUACCACAGACAGGAUGACACUGAUAUCAUGCCUUAUCAAACUGUUAUUGGUUGUUUUCUUGACGAGUGGAAUUUCCAAGACGGGUCGCGGUCAAACGAACACUGGUUUGGAAAAUUUGACAGAAAGGGAAAAGUUGAACCUUGAAGCAAUCACCAAAAUACACUUUCAUUUGGAUGAUGAUAGGAAUGGAAAGGUUGACUUGAGUGAAUCAAAUGAGUUUAUGCGAGAUGAACUACAAGUUACUGAUGAGGAACGACACUCACACUUCCAUGGAAAUGAUGACUUGAUCUCUGUGGAUGAACUUUGGCAAAGCUGGAUACAGAGUGAUGGUCAGGAUUAGCUUCAGUAUUAAUAAAUAAUAAGGAACUUUUAAGAGCGCAGUUGUUUUUGAGAGGCAGAUGUAAAGCUGAAGUCAUAUAAUUGUUUUCUUUUCUUUGGCCUGUAUUAAUUAAUGACCUUUUGUUAAAAAUUUCAGCUUGUAAAUAAGAUUAUGCUAAUAAAAACAAGAGCUAUUCAAUAAAAAUUUUGGUGGGGGAAGAGUCAAUGAGAAAUGCAUCAGAAACAAGACCAUAAACUUCCAACUGACAUCUGUGCUUAAAAACAACUGUACUUACUGUAAGCUCUUUAUUACACUGAAGCAUUCUUGUAAUAGUAACUGUAAUUGCAUUCAUUUGACUUUCCAAUUAUAAUUCUCUAAAUAAAUUUGUUGCAAAAUGCAAACCAUAUUUCUUGCCUUGGAAUGUGACACUGUCCUGUGAAGCCCUGAUUUUCCAACCAUAAUCAUCAUUAUAUGUUCAAGGCCUGGUUCACACUAGUGACAUAAUGACAAAACAACAGCAAGGUCUUGUAAAGGAA